UGAGAAGACCCCUAGUUUCUCAAGCUUCUUGGCACGCGGCAGUCCCCGGACUUGUGCCUUCCUCUGGCUAGCGCGCUGCUGCUGACUCAGGCCAGGUCGAGCCGGAUCCCCCCCACUCCCCGGCCCCCCACUUCCUACACCGGCCCCCCCAGUCCCUGUGCUCCCGGCUGGGGCUGCAGCAGGGGCAGGGGCUGGUGCCGGAGUAGGAACCGGAGUGGGAGCUGAAGCCGGGCUGGGCGCAGGAUUCGGAGUUGGGGCAGGGGCCGGGGACUGAAGGGGCCGGGGCUGCGCGGCCGGGGCCGGGUUUGGGGCCUGGGAAGGUUCCGCCAUGGCCUCCCCCGCAGCGGAGCGGCGCCGCGCUCCCAGCCCUAGGGCCGCAUGGGCAACCGGCGCACAGUGCGCAGGCGUCGCUGCCCCGGCGCACUAUGGGAGUCGUAGUCUUUCCUUGCCGAUCCCCAUGCCUUGGCCUUCCAGACUUUUCUGUCCUGUUUCUUGGUUGCAGACAGCCAAAUGUCGCUCAAUUGUAGCACCUAAUUGACCUCUACUUUAUUCUAAUCUUUUUUAAGCUAUCUGGGAUAAUGACAAUUGCUGUCCUUUUGGGGACAAGAGGAACCCUGGAAUACUGGCAGUUUGGAGAACUUGUGGGCUCUGCCCUUCUAAAAUCCAUAGGUGGAAGAACAGGCCUGGACCUGGGGGUUGGCUCCCACACUGCCAAAGCCUCCCCCAAGAAUUGCUGUUACAAUAGAGAUGAAAUGUAGCAUUAAAUCUACAUUUUGUGCUGUGUGGUGUUGACACAGAUGAAUUAACUUGGACAUUCAGCUUUUUUUUCUGUACUUAGGUUGCUGUUAAACAGAAAGUUUAUUUUCAGAAGCACAGUGGCAUAGUUAAUGGGCCUUGUUGCUGAGGUAGAGAAUGAAACUCAACCCCAGCCUACAGCAAGGGUGUGCGUGUGAGAGAGAGACAGAGACAAGGACAGAGAGAGGAGACUGAAAUACUAAGAUUGUGCGUAUACGAGCGAAUUUAAAAAACCAGAGACAGUGCGGGCCCGACACUGCAGUUACGGAACACAGGGAGAGGUCCCCGCUUUUGUUCUAUGAAUAGCCUCCUGCCCACUGACGUAGACCGAGAAGGGCCCACGGUGGAGCAUGGUCCCAGACAGAAAGCAGCAGUGGGAGACUAGGUCACCAACAACCGGCUGCUUGCGAGGAAGUUGGGCCAAGCUGACUUGAUCUCUGCCAGCGUUUCCCCUCCGAAUGUGAAGUGGGCGGGCCCUUCCUUUGCGCACCAAGGAAGCCCUCGUGCCCUCCAGGGCAGUUGCUCUCUCGGAUGCAGCGGGUAGGAAGCAGUCUCUCCAGCCGGCAGGAACCGGGGGAGAACCGGGCGGCGUCCCGAUGUCCCAGCGCGGCCUCAGCUGAACGAAAUCAAGUGGCCACACUACCGGUGCGGCUGCUCAAGGAUGAUCUGGCUGUGGUGCGUGGCAAUGGCCGUGCGGAUGCAGGUUUCCAGAUGAAGAUGGAUGCCCACGGCUUCGCUCCGGGGGAGCUGAUGGUGCAGGUGGAUGGCCAGAACCUGACGGUAACCGGUCAGAAGAAACAGCAGUCGAAUGACCCUGUCAGGGGCAGAUACCGCAUGGAGCAGACAGUGCACCGGCAAAUGCAACUCCCACCGAACUUAGAUCCUGCAGCUAUGACUUGCGGCUUGACACCAUCUGGCCAUCUGUGGGUCCUGGGACAAAACCGGUCACUACCUGCCCCUGAAGCUCAAACAAGCCAGGCCUGGAGACUCAGGAGCCUCGGAUCUAAGGGCUCCAACUGAUCCUGACCCAUUAAACAACCGAGAUGUGCAGCA